AUGUAUGAAAAUAAUAUUCUUGCCAAUAAAAAUAAAGCUACUUCAAUUUCCGGUAAUGAAUCACCACCUGGAGCAAAAACAACUACAUCACCAAAAGUAAAAGUAACUACAGAAUCACCACCUGGAGUAAAAACAACUACAUCACCAAAUCUAGAAGCAACUACAGAAUCAUCAUUGCCAGAAGCAAAAGAUAAUACAGAAUCAACAUCAAUAAAAGCAAAAGCAAUCACAGGAUCGUCAUCACCAAAUCCAGAAGUAACCACAGAAUCGCCACUAAAUGCAGAAGAUACUACAGGACCAAAAGAAACAGAAUCAUCAUUACCAACAGAAAGAACUACAGAAUCAUACAAAGUCCAAGAAUCCAUUUUAGGUGUUGACAACUGCAUAAAGAAUAAUGAUUUGUUAUUACCCGAAAUCUAUACAGAAUAUGAUAUAUUGUUACCAGGCUCUCAAUUAAAUUUAAAUCAACAGAAAGAAGUUGUCCAUGCUAUAACUAAUUUUCACAAGAAUGAGGAAGAAAUGAUGAUAGUAUGUGAAGAGGAUGAAGAAAUACAGUUCCUCACAAAAAAUAGCAAAGAUGAUAAUAAUGAAGCUUCAACUACUAGUGAUAAUUUUUCUUCUACCAAUGAAAUUAAAAGAUCAUCACCAGCUAAUAGUGCAACAGACACUGCAUCUACUUCAUCCACUGAAACUACUGCUAGAUCAAUUCAAAAUUUACAAGUACAAGGGCAAGGAUUGGAAGAAGAAUUAAGUGUGUUGGAUGAUGAAGAUGGAAUUAUUACUUCUGGAAGAAGGGAAUGGACACACCCAUUAAAAACAACAUCAUCUAUUUUUGAUAACAACAAUAAGAUAACAGACAAUCCUUUCAUUAAUCUUCUACCAUUAAUUAAAUCUGAAAUGUCAAAAAGAUUUCCACCUCAAAAAUUAAAUGAUGAUAAUAUUUUCAGUGAUUUCCAAGCUGCAUCUGACAUUAAUUCACGAAAAACAAUGCACCCAAUGAAUGGUUUUACAAGCACAAGUAUGAACCCAUUACAACAAAAACAAUUUGUUCAUUCAAAGAGCACCUCUUUUGAUAAUACAUUUAGUGAUUUAGAUCCAUUACAUAAUAAAUAA